CGAGCUGGCAGUCAGCUGUUGGCAUUUGCAGCGAGAGCUCAAACCAAACGCGUUUAUUUUUUACGUUUUUUUCGACCGGUGUCUGCUUCUUGCGCUUGUUGUCGUUUCUUUGCCUGUGACCAUGGCCACUUACGCUGCUUACAGACACAUCGAGCUUGACAAGGUUGGCUACAGCAAAAAGAGAGUACGCAAUCCGGGCAGCGAGAUCUUCAACGUCUUGUGCUCGCCUCCGGGGCUCACUGGGGCGAAGAUGACGAGUUCCACGCCGAGGAGGUCGUCGCAUUCGGACUCGUUCACCAGGCUGUUCGGGCCCACGGACAACAAGGUCACGCCGAGGAGGGCGUCGCUUACCAAGCAAGAUGUCAAGAACCGCAAUCCCGUCACCGGAAACGGCGUCGACUCUUGGGACGAAAAAACCUCCAACCGGUCCUCACCAAGGGCUCACAAUGAUCGAAAUCCCGUCACUGGUGAAGUCUACAGCAUCGUCAGCCCAGCUACCACCCCCACGAAGCCCACCCAGAACGGAUUCGCCCACGUCAACGGUACUUCAACCCCGCAAAUGAACGGCAACCCGGAGCCCACCCUCAACGGAAACGUGGCGACUGAUUAAAUGUUCUCGUUCAAAGUUCUGUUUUAUUUUUGUUUUCUUUUUCACAUUGUUCGUCCAUGUUCUUUUCCGGUCGCUCAUGAACCAAAUUUUAAUGUAGAACUUGAAUAUAUACGUAGGUUUUAUAUAUUUUUAAGUACCGAGUACUAACAUCAGAGCACUAAUAAAUAAGGAGGUAUUUAUCGAGUGCUGAGCUUAUAGCGAUUCCUGUUGUCAGUUUCUGCUAGACUUUUCUAUGUAAUAAAAUAUUUAUUGCCUUUUUAGGUACAUUUAGCAGUAUAACUUCUGACUAGUUUAUCAUAUCGUCAUGCCUUUAUGCCUUCAUGAAUCAUGUUAGUUAAACUAGGAGCUUUUAUAUUGUCUAUUAUUACUUCUAGAGUAGUUCUAUUUUUUACGUUAUGUACGAAAAGUAUUGUAGGAAUAAAUUUUUAUACACA